CGUAACAAGACUUGAAAAAUUGGAUUAGAAAUUAGCGUUGACGUCGCAUUGCCAAGUCGCUAGAACACAGAGGGAGAGAGGUUUAAUCAUGGGAAUUGAAAAUUUCCUUUUCGGCCUUUGGGAAAUGGGAAUAGUAAGAUAGAUUCGGACUUGGCAGAUUGAAGCAAGGACAAAAAGGUCGAGUGGAUGGAUUGAGCAAAGAAAUAGGAAUAAAGAAUGGCUUACAGAAGGAGGCAGCAGCCGCAGCAGCAGGAAAUAUUGGCAUCAGCAGCGGCCGACGAUUUGGUAGAUGUGGAAGUGGAUGCAGCCAAAGCCAUAAGGGCAUCCUCUGCCCACAAAGAUUCUUCUCUCUCCUCCGCUUAUGGCUAUGGCUCCCUUCAUUCGUCUUCUGCUUCUCCUCUCUCCAACCCCACCCCCACCCCCACCCCCAACUUCACCCCCAAGGAUUCCCAGUCCCAUGAAUACACGUCUAUGAAAAGUUUAAAUGAAUCCAAGCAAGGAUUUUGGGGUUCUCUCGCUAGAAAAGCUAAAGCCUUCUUGGAUGAUGAUAAUGUGCAACACCAAAUUGAUUCAGAUGGACGAGCCAAAUCAAAACUGCCUCGGAGGCCAAUGCCAGAAAAGCACCAGAAGGUUUACCAGUCACAUGAUAGCAAUCGCCAAAUGGACAAUCCCACAUUGCAGAAGGGCUUAGGUGCAAUUGCAUCAUCCCUAAAUUACAUUGGUAAUGCUGUUGAGGAGGGUCUUACGAUUGUGGAGAACCGGACUGCGGGCAUCAUUCAAGAAACCCGCAAACAUAUCAGGAAAAAGCCCAGUGGUUCUGUGCCACAAAAUCAGGCAGCUAAACAGCCACAAAUGCAGCAGCAAGUACGACUGCCGAUGCAAGGGGAUCAAGAAAUUCAAUUGAAGGCAUCUCGCGACGUUGCAAUGGCUAUGGCUGCCAAGGCAAAGCUUCUUCUUCGAGAGUUAAAAACUGUCAAAGCUGAUUUGGCCUUUGCAAAGGAGAGAUGUGCUCAGCUGGAGGAAGAAAAUAGAAUCCUUCGUGAGAAUCGUGAAAGAGGAGACAACCCAGAAGAUGAUGAGUUGAUACGUCUUCAACUUGAGACGCUGUUGGCAGAAAAGGCACGACUAGCUCAUGAAAAUUCUAUCUAUGCACGCGAGAAUCGCUUCCUGAGGGAGGUUGUUGAAUACCACCAACUCACUAUGCAGGAUGUCGUAUAUUUGGAUGAGAGCACUGAAGAAGUCACUGAAGUUUACCCUAUCAAGGCAGGAAGAUCAUGUAUCAACUAAUGGGUCAAAUGUUCAGGUGGGUUUAGUUCUGGUGAAAUAACUGAGGGAUUCAGAACAACUGUUGGGGCUACAACUUAUAUGAUAAGAGAUGAGGGCUUGUUCGGAAAGAGCAAAAUCAAAAUAUGGUGUAGGAGCAAAGAUAGUCUCGGAAAAUGCUUCUGAAUCUAUCUAUCUAUCUAGAGCCUGUGCUUUCAGUUUCACCUCAGCAGAAGAGGUUCAGAUUUGAAUUUAAACUUGUUUGUGUCGAUCAUCCAAUUUGGAAUUGUUCCAAGACAACAGGACCAGAACUGUCAUCUUAAAGGGACAGGUUUAUGCCACAAAAUUUAUUUUCUAGCGGAUGAAUUUAAUUUAUAGCAGCUAAUAGCUACAAAUUUAAUCAGAAA